UCUGUCUAUCUUUCCUUCUUACCACUGGUAAUAAAUUUAUGUAGGUCUACGAACAGUUGGGUUUUCCCUCACCGUUUGCCUACACUCGCGGCCGGCGAUAGUUGCGCGAUGAAACAGUGUCGGUCGAAUAUUAUUAGUGGUUUAGACGUUAAGACACGUUAAGGUCAUUCUACAAUAUGUGUCAAUGACCUUUAAGACACCGAACUUAAAACGAACCCGAACUUCGAACAGUGGGAAGUAACACGGCAUUUUGUCGAAUUCAUAUCGACAUGAGCCGCUGGGAAGGAAAAAUCGCCGUUGUUACCGGAGCCUCAGCCGGCAUCGGUUUGGCGAUAGCAGAAGCGUUUGUAAACAGAGGCAUGAUCGUGGUUGGUCUCGCCAGGAGGAAAGCCAUAAUGGAAGCUAGAAUGAGAUUCGCGCAGGGAAAUGGGAAAUUUAUUGCACGCGAAUGCGACGUGUCGAAGCCGGAGAACUUGAAAGAAGUUUUUCAUUGGAUCCAAAGUAACCUCGGUGUGAUUCAAGUUAUGGUGAAUAACGCCGGUGUGAUUACUUCAGGCACCAUUGUCGAAACCUCGCGACAAGAUUGGGAGAAGAUAUUCGACGUAAACGUCAUGGGACUGCUCGAAUGCACAAGACACGCCGUUAGGGUGAUGAAGGCCGCCAAUGUCGAGGGGCACAUCGUCAAUAUCAACAGCAUUCAAGGACACCGGCUGCGCCAAAUACAAAAUAUGAGCUUUAACGUGUACGCGGCGUCCAAACACGCUGUCACGGCCAUCACCGCGACUCUCCAACAGGAGUUGCUCGGUGGAAAAAUUCGUGUCACGAGUAUCAGCCCAGGCUACGUAAAAACUGAAAUACUGGAAGCUAUCUCGGAUCUAGAUAUCGAUAAGCUGAAGGUCUUUUCGUCUUUUCCCACAUUGGAGAGCAAAGACGUCGCCGAAGCGGUAGUCUACGUGAUCGAGACACCGCAACGCGUUCAAAUCACCGAAUUAACUAUCACACCUUUCGGCGAGAAUAUGUAAGCUUCGCAGAGUGCACAUUGCGAGAUAAUUAUUUCGUCAUGUUAAAAGUGACGUGAAUAUAAGCCGAGAAGUCAAAUUUUACGCAUCAAUCAAUGCGAAAUACUGAAAAAAAAAAAUGUAAUUAUAUGUAGAGAAUAAGAAAGAAGACUUUACG